UGCGCUGUUUGUCCAUAGUAUGGGAGCGCUAUGUUGUCCAGGAAAGGACUCGUCCCUGAGGAUUACUUGCUGACACGUUUAGCUGAGAAUGUUCUACAGCCCAAGUUGUUCAAGGCCAAACCGAGGAAAGCUCGGUUCGUCGCCAAAAGCGGCGCCUGCAAUGUAGCGCACACCAACAUCCGGGAACAGGGCCGAUUCUUGCAGGACGUCUUCACCACUCUCGUGGAUUUAAAAUGGCUCCACACUCUUAUUAUUUUCACCAUGUCCUUCCUAUGCAGCUGGCUUCUUUUCGGGAUGAUUUGGUGGCUCAUUGCCUUUGCGCACGGCGACCUGGACUCGAUAGGAGGCGACUUUACCCCGUGCGUAACGGACAUCCGCUCCUUCUCCUCAGCUUUUCUCUUCUCCAUUGAGGUACAGGUGACCAUCGGCUUCGGGGGCCGGAUGGUCACGGAGGAGUGCUUCUCUGCCAUCCUAGUCCUGAUCGUCCAGAACAUCGUCGGGCUGCUCAUCAACGCCAUCAUGCUCGGCUGCAUCUUCAUGAAAACCGCGCAAGCCAAUCGGCGCGCAGAGACUCUCAUUUUCAGCAAGCACGCAGUCAUCUCCGUCCGAAACAACAAGCUGUGCUUCAUGAUGCGCCUCGGCGACCUGAGGAAAAGCAUGAUCAUCAGCGCCACCGUGCGGCUGCAGGUGGUGAGGGGAACCACCACCGAGGAGGGCGAGGUGGUGCCUCUGAACCAGAUCGAUAUACACUUGGAUAACCCCGUAGGCACCAACGGCGUCUUCCUGGUCACCCCCCUUAUCAUCUGUCAUGUCAUCGACAAGCACAGCCCCCUCUAUGAGCUGUCCGCUCAGGACCUGCAGCACGAGGACAUCGAAGUGAUCGCGGUGCUGGAGGGGGUGGUGGAGACCACGGGCAUCACCACACAGGCUAGGACCUCCUACGUGUCGGAGGAGAUCUUGUGGGGGCAGCGCUUCGUGCCCACAGUCUCCGAGGAGGACGGUAUGUACGCGGUGGACUACUCCAAGUUCGGUAACACCACGAAGGUCCCGACCCCGUACUGCAGCGCCAAGGUCCUGGAUGAGGCAGGUGGCAUGGCUCGGUUUAAGCUGAACGAGGGCGCCACUUCGCGGGCGACUGUGAGAAGACGGCCAGGCUCUACGGUGGCCCGCAGGUCCAAAGUAGAGACUUUAGUGAGCUGAUGAUCCACUGUCUGCCAGCAUUUUAUAUGAUAAAUGAUAAAUCAUUAUUUUAACCCUACUGUUGUCUUCGGGUCAUAUUUGACCCCUUUCCAAAAAGUUACCAUAUCAGAAAUUUGGGUUUCUU